AAAACUGUUGAAUGAGCGGGGAGAACGCGACUUGGACUGAAGGGUCCCCCAAAGCCGCUUUUUGGCCCGCACGGAUCUUCGUUUAAUAGCGAUAAAUAUGUCCGCAGCACCGACGAUCCCGGCAACAUUAUGCUCUUGCUUCCGAUUUGAUACUAGGCAACAGCUACUCACACUUAGCUAAGCUUCUCCGACACCGACCCAUUCCCGUCAUUACGAUAGGUCGGGGUUGUUCUCCAGGGCGAGGAUGCAGCUGGUUGGACCAGUUUGGCAGAUAACCCAUGGACGAUAACGAGCUGAUUUUGGCUUGUACAAGCCAAAAUGCGAUUGCUCGACUCAGUGCAUUGGAGACGUUGCGGGCAGAUAUUAAAACAUCGGGUUCAAAGUGGGCACAUAAUGCCGCAUCGACGGAAUUGCUCUCCACUAUUGCAUGGACACUUUGCGAUAGCAAUCCAAAGAUUGCGAUUGAGAGUUUUCAGUUUCUCCUGGACUUUAUUCCAACCAAUUUGCGAGGUUGCGAAAGUGUCCUGGAAUAUGCUGUUAUUCCAGUCCUCAUAAAUUGCUUGGGUGAUAUAAAAUUACAACACCGACGGUUGGCCUUGCAAGUCUUGAAAGUCUACCUAGAGCACACUAGCAGCGUUGAAAACAUGCUGGAGGCGUUGGCGCAUUACGGGCUCGAGAGCGAAGAUUGGCGCGUACGAAAAGAAGCUGCAGCUGCGAUACCCAUGCUUAUACCUACUAAUAUACCAGGCCUUAACUGGCAGCCCUUGAUUGGAGCACUGGUAAAUCGAUUGAGGGAUGUUUCGGAUGUUGUUAUUAAAGGAGCCAUCCUGGUCUUGAGGCACAUUGGCCUGACGAUUGGAGACGCGGUGUUCAUGGACAUAAUCAAUAGACUUCCUGGGUUGUCCAGGCAGCUAUUUAGGCAGUACCAGGAUAAGAUUCUAGUGCACGGUGAGGCGGGCGACACGAACAGAGUUGGAGGGGUUGACGCAGGACCAAGAGCUUCUCCUGAGCGCCCAAAAUGUUUGCCCCCACGCACUUUAUCCGAACCUGCCCGAACACCAUCACGCAACAGUCAAUUCCAGGAAACAGCACUCCUCCCUUCCCCACCUCAUUCUGCAAAAAAUCGAGUUGUGGCAGUGGAGCCGCAACUUGCGGACACCGACGUCGUCUUUGGACUAAUCCCAGUCGUCAUAGUGCAGGGGCUUCACACAGAAGUAGACUGGCGACGGCGGUCAAUGGCGAUCGAGAACUUGCACCGAUGCAUCCUUGCUGCUGACGACGUCGUUCCUUUACUUCCUUUCCUGGAUGAUUUUGUUGACUUCCUAGCCCCAUUUUUGGGAGAUGCCAAUUUCAAGAUCGUCAUGACGACCUUGCGAAUUUUGAGCGACCUGAUAACUAGAGUGGGGUCCGCAGUACGUCCAAAUCUAGAAAAGACCGUUCAAUGCCUUAUUCAGAUCCUUGGGGACACAAAAGUUGCCAUCCGGCAAGCAGCUGCAAAGCUAGUGCUACAGCUCAUGCAUGUGACAGCGCCAGAGCCGGUGUUAACAAUCGUCCUGCGGUAUGCGAAACAUGACAGCCCAAAAGUUCGCGAGGAGGUCGUAAACAUUGUGACAACAGCUCUGCUGACCUUUCCUGAUGCGCAGUGGGAUUUCCCAUGCAUUAUUAAAGAGCUGCUUGGAACGCUGAAGGAUGGAAAAGCAAAAGUGAAAUAUGUUACAGUCGAAGCAUAUUCAGUGAUUGCCGCCACACUAUCUCCAAACCGCAUGCAAGAGAUCUUGCGAGGAUUUGGUUUGGAUGAGGAGACAUUGCAUUUAUUAGAUCUGCGAUUCAUGGAUCGAACUUUGCCAACUCUGAACUCGGAAGGAUCGCUGGAGCAUAUUAUUUCACGGUCGAAUGUCACUACACCCCAACCGAUGGCAUCACCAACUAAAGAACACCCUACAAGUCCGACCGGAAAGGCACUAACACGGGUGAAUUCCAAAUCAGCACCUUCCUUGGCUGGGCGUCCGCUUUUGGCCCAAAGAACGGGCAAUUUUGAGGAAGCACUGCAGGGACAUAUUCGAGCAUUAGAUAGGGCUCUGAGCGCAACUACAGAAUCCCCGAAAGAGGGCACCAACAGCCGAGGACAAACCGCCCGAACGAUCAAAUUGCCCUGGGAAAGACCUCGUUCUGGUACGAAAUAUCGCUACUCCUUUCAUGGAGAUAUGCACAGAUCUCAGAACGAAGCUUCGCAAGAUGGGCAUCGUGUACGAAGUUUCUCGGACUCUGAGAGGAUCCUUGGGCAGGGACCCACAGCCGAUUCACAGACAGCUGGUCACCUUCCUUCGAGCGAUGACAUCAAAAAUGAUUACCACAUAAGUGACGGAUCCCCAGCGUCUUUUGAUGAUGCAGCCACACAGGGCAAGGCUCAGGCACCGGUGCGAAUGAACAGCUAUCCGAGCAAAACCCAACCGUCGCCUCACCGUAAAUCAACUCUCGCUGGAUUGCGAAGGGUUCGACCGAAGCUUACCACUUACUGGAACCAAUCAGAGGAUGAUCUCCGUACCGACGGUAAAGAAUAUCCCCUCGGGGAUCAUCCACGGUCACCGAGUGCACCGUGGUUGCUUAGCGAUGUCUCCUCAAGGGAUUCUAGCGCAGCAGAUAUCACAUUACUUACGACGCAUCCUACAACCAUGUCUCCUCUGCCGUUCAGCUCAGCGCCAACCCCUGAUCUCGACUCUCAAUGGGACGGCCAACCACGCGACCUGAUCAAACCACCUGCAAUACAUCGUAAUACCAGUAACACCGGAAAGCGUGCAUCAAUCGCCACUUUUGGCACUGCGGAAGGUGCUUCACCUGCCGCCGAAACAUCCGAACCGAGUGGGAGAUCCCCUGACGAUCAUAUCGCAUGUAAGCGGUCAACUACUGUUGAGAACUCGAACGGCUUGAGCCGUUUCAGUAACCCUUCCUCUGAGGGAUCGUCUAAGACUCAAAAAGACGGUCUAGUCGAGAAUGGGUCUCGUCCUUUUGCCCAUGAUUCCUCUCAAAGGGCAGCAUCCUCACCUCAGAAGAAAUUUCACACUUCUGCCAUGACACGGGACGAGCCCCCAGCAUCAGCACCGCCAGGCUUACAGCGCACCAAAACAAGUAAAACUUUUGAACAAGACUACCGUUUGGCGCUGCAGCAAUUACGGAACAACCCCGAUUGGACCGUCAAAGUUGAAUCUGUUGAAAAACUGAGGAUUAUUCUCGUGGAGUGCCCUCCUUUGUUCAACGGAAAUCUUCAUGAACUACUCCUUGCAGUUGUCGCCACGGUGCACAACCUGCGCUCUUCCGUGAGCAAGCACGCAAUUGCGUUUCUUCACGAUAUGUACCUGCAUCUUGGCAAAACCAUGGAAGCAGAUUUGGACAUGACAGUUGGGUCAUUGUUAAAGAAAGUUGGGGAAGGAAAUGGUUUCAUUGUUGAAGAAGCUGAUCGAGCGCUGUCAGCAAUGUGUGAAGCCGUAAAUCCAUCACGCUCAGUCGCAUCGCUUCUUUUGUUUGCAGACCACAAGAAUCCGGCUGUUAGGAUGCGGGUGGCGUCUUUGAUGGGCCGGGUCGUAACAGGGACGUCUGACGCCCAAGCCGCGCGUUACAUUCAGUCGUAUGGGGAGGCUGGAAAGCUUCUCACUGCUCUGGUGCAAUUUUUGCGUGACGGAUUGGCGGACACGAGGAAUGCCGCCAAGCGAAUGCUACUCUUUCUUUCGCAACUCCCUGACUUCAAUAAAGUUACGGAAAAGGUACUCACCAUAAAACAAGUAAAUGAGGUCCACGAAGCAUUGAAGAGCGCGACGGGACGGGAAAGCGCAGUCAGCACCAGAUCUGCGGUAACAGGAGCACUAGUUCGAGCCCCAAGCAAACGAAAUGUAAAGAAGCCUCGGGAGAAAUCGGAUGUCCGGGACAUGGACCGUCUGAACAGUAUUUACAGAGACAUGGUCGCAGACGACUGGAGAAAGCGAUAUCAGGGUGUCAUGGAUGUCAUAGCAUUUGUCAAAGAGUAUCCAUCAGAAAUGAUGGACCGCCAGCGGAUCCAAAUGCUAUUUGACCACUAUCUGGAAAGAUGCCGAGACGGGAAUAGCAAAGUGGGAUUAUUGGGUUUACAAAGCUUGCAGGAGCUUAUACCUGCAUUGAAGACUGGUCUAGAUCCCGUCAUCCACACGUUAGUCCAAACAUUGGCCAACCAAAUGGCGACUGCCAGUCCCGUUAUUCGUACCGCCACAGUGCAAGCCAUGGAUACACUAAUUGCAAAUGGAGACAAUGGACUGAUCCUGCAAUCUCUUGCGAAUUUUGUGCAAUUUGGAUCCAAUGCUCGAGUCAAGCCGAUGCUUCUUGAACAAAUGAUCCCGGUUAUUGACAAUGUUUACGCCUCCAAGCCGAGCCUUGUCAUCAAAUACGCCGUUCCAAUCACAAUGCGCUUCCUUCAGGAAGCAAAAGGCGAUAUCCGGAGCACCAACGCCAAACUAUUGAAAGGAUUGUUUUCAUUGAUGGGUCAAUCACUAUUUGAGCACGUUGGACAUUUGACACCUGAGGUUCAAGGAAACCUCAUGGCCACCUUGGGAUGUUCAUAAUAUUUAAGAGCUGGGACAGCGGGCUGUCUCUCGUGUAACAAAUAGGAACCACCAAGUAGAUAACUCGAUUGUACAUAAUGAAACUUUUUGACAAACCCGUACAUUAGCC